CUCUCUCCGUGUGAGUGUAGUGCGGGCAGCCUGCCAGCUGGCAUGUGUGUUUUUUGAAUGAAUACCUGAUGAAGUUGGUGGAGGGAGGCGUGGGAGGAGCCGUGUCUGUGUGUGUGUGUGUGUGCGUGCUCUGCUCUCUUCUACGGAGCACACCCCUCUCCACCAGGACUCUGUUUGGGAUUUUACGCUUCGUUCCGGGUGGAGGGAGAGAGAGAAAGAAAGCUAGAAAGAGAGUGUGAGAGAGAGAGGCACCCUCUAGGGCUUUUUGUAAGAGAGAAGGACAGUGUGAGCUAAGAAGAGAGAGAGGGAGAGUGAGAGGCAGAGAGAGAGUGAGAGAGAGAGAAGGACAGUGUGAGCUAAGAAGAGAGAGAGAGAGUGUGAGAGGCAGAGAGAGAGUGACAGUGAGAGGCAGGCUGGUAGCAUGCAGCAGGAGAAGGCUACUCCAGAAGGCUACUCCAGACACACUGGUUCCCGCUGCCAUCCAGGAGGCUCGCUCUCAGAGGGAAAUGAUUCCGCAUGAAGUUGGCGGACGGCUCUCUUCCUCUCUCCACGGAAACGGCAGGUGUGCCCCUCUCUGCUUCUCGCUGAGCCAGAGCCAGGCGUCCGACAGACGCUGAGCUAAAGGACAGGACAGACCCCCUCCGUCCUUCUCUACUGCCUCCACCCUACCCCCUCUAACUUACCCCCUACCCCCUCUAACUUACCCCCUCCAACCUUCCAGUCCUCUGACCCCAGCCACCCACACAACCAGCAGGAGGGCCUAUUCUGUCAACGAGGAAAAGCCAAGAGAGAGAGAGAGUGAGGGAGACAGCCAAAGACAGGAGUGAAAUAGAGAGCGAACGAGGGAGAGACCGAGAUAGGAACAGAAAGAGAGUUCUAAAGUGAUAGUGUGAGAGAGACGAGCCAAGGCUAGUGUAUGUAACAGGAAGUUGAUAGAGAAAAGAUAACAGUAUGAAGUCCAACCAGGAGCGCAGCAACGAGUGUCUGCCCCCCAAGAAGAGAGAUUUCCCAGCUAGCACUGUGGACGAGAGGCCCCUGGUGAUGGCGCCUGCUAGUGAGAGCCAGCGCGGAGAGAACCUGGCAUGGCUGGCCAGCGUGGCCAGCGGGCACAACAGUGGGCACGAUAGAGACAGUGGUGGAGGUGGCCUCGAUGGCAGUAGAGGUGGGCAGCGUAUCAGCACUCCCAUUGAGUCUGACGGGCCACAGUACAAACCGCUAUGCUCCACCAUCACAACACACACAGACUUCCUGGUCCCUUCCUCUAUCUGUUCCAUCUCCUCCUCCUCCUCUUCAUCACAUCAGUCCAGAGUUGUGACCACAUCCCUCCCUGCCAUGUACACUUCUGCUUUGUCCCAACCAGGGGGGACGAUCCAGUACACCCAGCUGCCCCCCAACGUCCAGUUCAUCAGUUCCCCUUACACAGGCCCCUACGCUGGCUACAUCUCCUCCCAGCUCCUCUCUCCCCCUCCACCCACCUCCACAUCCCAACGCUCCCACCCUGACCCAUACCCCAACACCACCAUCACCUCCCAGUCCCAGAUCUCUGGUUCCUCUCUGAGCGUGGCCCCCCAGACUGCUCCCUCGCCACACGGUGGGACCCACCACCUGCCCCUCCACCUGCACUCCCACCCCCACCACACCCUGGCCCUCAGCGGGGGCUCCCAGGUGCUGGUCCAGUACACAGGCCCCGGCCCUGAGGGACCCCUGACUAAGAGAGAGGAUGGCCGGCCCAGGGAGUUGCACAACGGAGAUCAGAGGGGCCGCUAUGAGAGAAAGGAAAGCAAAGGACCCCCCUCCUCUUCUUCCUCCUCUUCCUCUCAGUACCACCAACUCCACCAGCAGCAGAGCGCGCAGCAUCACUAUGAGGCCUACACCUCCCAUGAUGCAUCAGGGCAACGGACCUCUCUAAUGCUAGUGCCCAACAGCCGCGGAGGAUCAGACAACCACAGCCCCGACAAACUACGGCCAUCCGCCGCCUCGCACACAGAGAAAGGCAGCCUCCUUCUGGGUAAACCUGUGUCCUGCACCCCCUCCUCCUCCUCCACGUUCACCUUCCCCCCUCCGCUCAGUGUGGAGAGUCUUAAGGCGGCCGUCAGCUCCCUGUCCCCUCACACCCACACAGUCAUCCAGACCACACACAGCGCCAGCGAGGCUUCGCCCCUCUCCCUGGGCCAACUCUCCACCAAUACCAACUUCUACCAGGCUGGCCCCGGCGGGCAGCCCAUCAUCGGCUACCUGGCUGGGAGUGCAGGAGGGCAGCGGUACCACACCAGUCUGCCCCAGCACCUGCUCAUCCCAGGGGCCCCAGGGUCUCAACCUAUCAUCAUCCCCGUCAGUGGGGCCGGGGUCACCAGCCUGGAGGCUGGCCAUGCUGCCCACAUAGCCACUACAACCCAACCACAGUCCUUCCCCACCACACUACCCCACACUUACUUCACCAACCCUAACCCCAACCCUAAAGAUGAGCAUCUAUUUGAGGUCCCGGCGCCCUACCCCCCUCUCUCCCACCCUGCCGGGGUUGGAGGCACUGUGGUCCAGGCCCAGCUACACCUCCCGGUGGUCCCAGCUCCCACGACCCCCUCCUCAGCCCCCUCCUCGGCCCCGUCACUGCCUCCCUACUUCAUCAAGGGCUCUAUCAUCCAGCUGGCAGACGGGGAGCUGAAGCGCGUGGAGGACCUGAAGACGGAGGACUUCAUCCAGAGCGCUGAAAUCAGCAGCGAGCUGAAGAUAGACUCGUCCACCGUGGAACGCAUCGAUGGCAGCCACACGUCCAACUUCGCCAUCGUACAAUUCUCCGUGGGCGAGCACCGCGCUCAGGUGAGUGUGGAGGUGCUGGUGGAGUAUCCCUUCUUCGUAUUCGGCCAGGGCUGGUCAUCGUGCUGCCCGGACCGGACCACUCAGCUGUUAGAACUACCCUGCACAAAGCUCUCUGUGGGGGACGUCUGCAUCUCCCUCACCCUGAAGAACCUGAGGAACGGCUCCCUGAAGAAGACGCAGCAGACCCAGAACCAGGCUACUGAGAUCACUACCAGCUGCAAUAUGGGCUCCAUCCACGGCCCCCUCAAAUCCUCCAGGUCAGCCAGGCACGGGGAGCAGGAGAACGGGGUGGGCCAGAGAGGCUCCAGGAGUGGAUGUGGGAGAGUGGUGGUUGGAGUAGGUGGAGGUGUUCAGAUCGCCUCAGAGAAUGGGGAACUGAGGUUCGGCGCCGGGGGAGAUGCCAACUCAAAAGGAGGCCAGCCUGGAGAUUCAGAAUCUAGUGGUGCUGCCGCCAAGCCGGUGAGCCGCAAGAGGAGAUGGUCGGCCCCCGAGGGCCGUAAGGUGGAGAGGAGCGAGAAGGAGCCCCCGUUGACUCUGCCCAAACCUUCCUUUAUCACUCAGGAGGUAAAGAUCAGCAUCGAAGGCAGGUCAAAUAUAGGCAAGUAGUGAAGGCAGGUCAAAUAUAGGCAAGUAGUGAAGGCAGGUCAAAUAUAGGCAAGUAGUGAAGGCAGGAGAUUUAAACAAGACUGUUCAUUCAAAUAUGGGAUUGGAUGGUGAUUCAAAACAGAAAAAGAAAGAAAGAAAAAGAAAGAAAGAAAGAAAGAAAGAAAGAAAGAAAGAAAGAAAGAAAGAAAGAAAGAAAGAAAGAAAGAAAGAAAGAAAAAAAAAGCCCACAUGAAAUGUUAAUUUUAGAUUGUUUUCUUGUUUUUAUUUUCUACCCGGAUUUCUGUACUGUAGGCAAAAUUUUACCCAGUACUUACAUGUUAUCACCUUACAUUAAGUUAAGUUAGUAAUAACAUUGUAAUAGAUGCGUUCGGUAUUAGGUAAACAAGCAACCGGUGCAAUUGUUUAGUUUUUUUUUCCCACAAAUCUCUGGGCGAGGGGUUUUGUGAAGUUUUGUAGAUGUUUUAUUGGUGGUUUUGUGGCACACAAGAGCACUGCGUGAUACCUCUCUGGUCAUGGGACGGCUGCAGGUGGACAAAUACAUAAAAUGAAUAAAACAUGUAGUUAGCUUUCCAAUCGCGGCUAGGGGCAUGACUAAACGGGUGUAAUGUAGACCCGUGAGUGAUGUCACUUCCUUUGUGAUCUCACUUCCUGAUACAGGCACUACUGACGAGAGUGUUCAGGGGGUCUGGACUUAAUCACUCUCGAUGCCACACAGUUGCCAUGGUGGCAGACUGAGUGUUGAUAUGAUGUCAUUUAUCCCAAGUGACUCAAGACGUCUUUAGAUAAGACAGUUCAAAAAGCGUCUGUAACCAUUUUAAACCCUCAUGACAACACAUCUAAUCAAAAACAAGGGGUCACCGGAAGCCUCGACACUCAUCCAUCUAGACCACUUAGCUAGGUGAUGUCAUCCAGCAGGCCAGUCCAGCCAGGUGAGGUCAUCCAGCAGGCCAGUCCAGCCAGGUGAUGUCAUCCAGCAGGCCAGUCCAGCCAGGUGAUGUCAUCCAGCAGGCCAGUCCAGCCAGGUGAUGUCAUCCAGCAGGCCAGUCCAGCCAGGUGAUGUCAUCCAGCAGGCCAGUCCAGCCAGGUGAUGUCAUCCAGCAGGCCAGUCCAGCCAGGUGAUGUCAUCCAGCAGGCCAGUCCAGCCAGGUGAUGUCAUCCAGCAGGCCAGUCCAGCCAGGUGAUGUCAUCCAGCAGGCCAGUCCAGCCAGGUGAUGUCAUCCAGCAGGCCAGUCCAGCCAGGUGAUGUCAUCCAGCAGGCCAGUCCAGCCAGGUGAUGUCAUCCAGCAGGCCAGUCCAGCCAGGUGAUGUCAUCCAGCAGGCCAGUCCAGCCAGGUGAUGUCAUCCAGCAGGCCAGUCCAGCCAGGUGAUGUCAUCCAGCAGGCCAGUCCAGCCAGGUGAUGUCAUCCAGCAGGCCAGUCCAGCCAGGUGAUGUCAUCCAGCAGGCCAGUCCAGCCAGGUGAUGUCAUCCAGCAGGCCAGUCCAGCCAGGUGAUGUCAUCCAGCAGGCCAGUCCAGCCAGGUGAUGUCAUCCAGCAGGCCAGUCCAGCCAGGUGAUGUCAUCCAGCAGGCCAGUCCAGCCAGGUGAUGUCAUCCAGCAGGCCAGUCCAGCCAGGUGAUGUCAUCCAGCAGGCCAGUCCAGCCAGGUGAUGUCAUCCAGCAGGCCAGUCCAGCCAGGUGAUGUCAUCCAGCAGGCCAGUCCAGCCAGGUGAUGUCAUCCAGCAGGCCAGUCCAGCCAGGUGAUGUCAUCCAGCAGGCCAGUCCAGCCAGGUGAUGUCAUCCAGCAGGCCAGUCCAGCCAGGUGAUGUCAUCCAGCAGGCCAGUCCAGCCAGGUGAUGUCAUCCAGCAGGCCAGUCCAGCCAGGUGAUGUCAUCCAGCAGGCCAGUCCAGCCAGGUGAUGUCAUCCAGCAGGCCAGUCCAGCCAGGUGAUGUCAUCCAGCAGGCCAGUCCAGCCAGGUGAUGUCAUCCAGCAGGCCAGUCCAGCCAGGUGAUGUCAUCCAGCAGGCCAGUCCAGCCAGGUGAUGUCAUCCAGCAGGCCAGUCCAGCUAGGUGAUGUCAUCCAGCAGGCCAGUCCAGCCAGGUGAUGUCAUCCAGCAGGCCAGUCCAGCCAGGUGAUGUCAUCCAGCAGGCCAGUCCAGCCAGGUGAUGUCAUCCAGCAGGCCAGUCCAGC